AUGAAUUCCUACGAGGUAAGCUGCUUGACGAUUGCCUUCAGCAGUAGUUUGUGCAGUCAACAUUGUGAUCGAGGCCGAACUGAAAUAAUCGAUAUGUUCUUCACCGUUAUCAAACAGCUUGCACACUUUGCUCAGCAACUCCGUUCCUUCGCUGUUAUCCCACGACACGAUCAGGAGAUUCUGUUACGUACUGGCGUUAUGGAAUUGUGCUUUCUUCGGAGUGCGUACGUGUUUGACGAAAGCCAAAGAGCUUGGCCUGACCAAAACAAGAUGUUCUACAAAUUUUCGCCAACGCUCUUAGCGGAAGACGUGAAACGACUGGUGUCCAACGAACUCUUCGAAAAACACAUGGAAUUCAUUCGUGGGAUUAAACAGUUAGAUAUCGAUGAACCAACACUCAUGAUUUUACUCGUGACUGUUCUCUUGUGCUCGGACAGACCUGAAUUAGUAAAUGUGGAUUUAGUGGCUUCAGAACAAGAGAAAUAUUGUGUUUUGCUUAAAAAUUACAUGUUGUGGAGGUACGGUUCUAGAAGAGCAACGGUUAUUUAUCCCAAGCUUCUUUUGAAAUUACCAAACUUACGAGAACUCACAGAUGCUCACAGUGAUUACCACCUUAGGCUUAGCACGUGGGAAGUAGAAGCAAUUCAAAAACGGUUAUCGUGUUUGAGAAUUGAGUCGCCAACGCCAUAUUGGAACACGUUAGAAUUGUUGGAUAAGAGUUUAGAAGCUAAUGAAGGAAGACGGUGGACUUUACGUCGUGACUUGUCGAUAGAUGUGAGUUCUUCCUCCUCUGUUUCCAUGGAAGAAGAAUCGAACUCAAGUGAAGGUUCUG